GCACACUCUCACAGUCUCACACCCGCCGCUCAGCCGUAACUUCACAAAGAUGCUGAGGUCCACCGGCCGCCUUCUGCUGCUCGCGCUAGCGGCGAGCCACCUGCUGCUCACCGCCGCCGGCGCUGGCUGCGAGCCGAGCGGCACGCUCCGGCCGACCCAGAGCCACGCGUGCCAGGACUGCUGCAAGGCCGGGCAGGCGUACCCGACGUACAGGUGCUCGCCGCCGGUCUCCUCGUCCACCCGGGCGGUCAUGACUCUGAACGACUUCGACGCGGGCGGCGACGGCGGGGACCCGUCCGAGUGCGACGGCGCGUUCCACCGCAGCUCGGAGCGCGUGGCGGCGCUGUCCACGGGGUGGUACAGCGGGGGCUCCCGCUGCGGCAAGAGCAUACGGAUCCGGGCCAACGGCAGGUCCGUGCUCGCCAAGGUCGUCGACGAGUGCGACACCGUGAACGGGUGCGACCGCGAGCACGCCUUCCAGCCGCCGUGCCGCAACAACGUCGUCGACGCCUCCCAGGCGGUCUGGGACGCGCUGGGCAUCACCGGGGAGGAGGUCGGCGAGUACAACGUCACUUGGUCAGAUGCAUGACCUAUAUAUGUGCAUGGACGAAUAGAGUGUACACGCGGACCCAAAAUGAAUAAACGGAAUUUAUAA